AUUUAUUGAACCCCGAACAGCAGCGGAGGCUAAUGGGACUGCUUUUGACAAGAUAAACGCGAGGAUAUGAUUUUUUUCUUUGCUGAUCGCGCGAUUGAUCAAUUUUCCUGCGCGACGCGUUUAUGGCCGAAGACAGUAGAAAACGGCGAUUCUUCGAGCAGGAGCCUAAUGAGGUCACUCCACCCCAGCCGAUCGCUGCACCAGAACAGCCGCGAUCACCACUAUCCGAGAAAAUGGAGCAUCUGCGAGCCAUCUUGGGCAACGAUGCCCCAGAUGCUUGGCUUCAGCAUCUUUUAGUAAGGAACGAAGGCAAUCUCGAGGCCACCAUCAACGCUUUUUUUACAACGUCCAUGAGCCCCUCUUUUACACAAUCGCCACCUGCCAAUCCAGCCCAGUCCCAGCAGCCAGACACUAGUCAGCCUAAAUGGAAUCCUAAUAGAUAUUAUAUUGGCGAGCUUGUCAUCUCAGGUUGGUCCAUUUACAAGGGUGUUAGCCCUGUGAAGGAGGGAAAUUCCAUUGCCAUUGAGCGAUCGAAACCUGCGGCCAUGAUGCAACCCCCGACCAAAAAGAAUCGAUUUGGACAUGCGCAAAAGAAAGAAAACACGAUUGUACGAUUUGCUACAGUAGACGGCCGCGAGAUUGGCCGAUUGCCGCAAGACGUUUCCAGAUAUGUUUCCAAGCUCUUGGAUUUUAAUUUGUGUCAAUUUGAGGCAACCGUUGUCUGGUGUCCUCAUGUGUUAAAGAUCGGUGACGAUAUUAUCCUGCAGCUGCGAUGUUACUUUAAUGACAACGCUUUCAAUCGAACGCACAUCAAACGAUCCAUUAAUCAAGAACGUUCAAUAUUAAAUCAAACAGCCGAGACUGAUGAGGAGCGACAGGAACGCGACCAGACUUUGGCGUUGCUUGGGAUUAUUCGCUCUCUUGGCUUAAAGUCAUCCCGAUCAGCUAUUCAGCGCAUGAAUCUGGCCAAAGGCUUAGAAGAAACCGAGGUGCAGGAUCUCAUCGCGCAGUCAGUGCAGACCUUAGAAAAGGUUACGGCGACAGCAACCGAGGAAGAAGAAACGGCAACGGAUAAUGACGAAAAUAAAGAAGUGUCGGAUAACCAGCUGGAUACCAUCUAUGAAAAGGCGCAAAUAUUCGAUGCUCAAAUUACUCCUAUGGAAACCCCAGAAACCAUGGCAUUCGAGUUGAAACCAUAUCAAAAACGUGCACUUGCAUGGAUGUUGGCCAAGGAGGCCUUGGAUACGGAUAAUGAAGACUCCCAUAUUCGUGCUAUGCAUCCUUUAUGGGAAGAGUAUCCGUUUCCAAAAGAUCCCGAUGCUCCGUUGAACCAGCAACUUCCAUCGCAUUUUUACUUUAAUCCAUAUUCAGGUGAGCUUUCACUCCGGUUUCCCGAAUCAAAGCAACAGGAGCGCGGCGGUAUAUUGGCAGAUGAAAUGGGUCUGGGCAAGACGAUUGAAAUUCUCAGUCUUAUACAUACCAAUCGAUUUCAGCCCCAUUCGCCACUGCCGUCCAAUCAUCCCAAUGCUUCACCAACUACGCUGAUCAUCUGUCCCAUGUCACUGCUGGCUCAGUGGCGUGAUGAAGUUGUUCGAGCGUCAAAGGUGGAUACGAUUAAGGUGGAAGUGUAUUACGGAGGACAACGUGAUACAGAUCUUCGUACGCGGCUGUGUCGAUGGAAUGGAUCUGCGCCCGAUGUGCUUAUCACCACUUAUGGUACGGUCAUGUCGGAAUGGGAUCGAUUAGAAAACAGUGUUUUCGACGUUGAAUUUUGGAGAAUUGUGUUGGACGAAGCGCAUCACAUCAAGAAUCGUCUCAGUAAAACUUCACGAGCAUGUUGUUCUAUUCCAUCCCGGCGACGCUGGGCUGUGACAGGAACACCUAUCCAGAAUAAACUGGAGGAUCUCUUUUCCCUCGUCCGUUUCCUCAAGCAUGAACCUUGGGCAAACUACACGUUUUGGCGAACGUUCAUCACCAUACCCUUUGAAAAGAAAGAUCCGCGCGCACUGUCAGCGGUUCAGUCGGUGUUGGAACCGAUUGUAUUACGGCGUACGAAAAAUAUGCGUGAUGUCAAUGGUGACCCUAUGGUGCCGCUUCCUUUAAAACAGAUCAAUAUUGAAUACCUUGACUUUUCUCCCCCGGAACAAGAUAUUUACGAUUCCCUGUAUACCGAUUCCAAGACCAAAUUCUCCCAUUUUUGCGCCGCAGGCAAGGCGCUCAGCAACUAUGCGUCCAUUUUUCAACUUUUAAUGCGACUACGACAAGUAUCGUGCCACCCUUACCUGGUGCUUGGCAACAAAUCAGUUACCGAAAACAGCGAUAUCAUGACGAAAGAUGGUGGGUUCAUUUCGCUCGAGGGGCUCAUUGCCAAGUAUGGUAGUACGGAAACGAACCCCACCAGCGGAGGGAAUAUCAGCAGUGAGCAGCAAAAAUUUGGGAUCAGCGUAUUGCAAGGUCUGCUGGAUCGACAAAAGGGGCAAUCAGAAGGUCAAGAUGAUCUAUCAUCGGCCGCUCCAGACGAAUGUCCCAUCUGUUUCGAAACAGUCGAUGUACUGAUCAUGAUGCCCUGUAUGCAUAUGGCGUGUCGACCGUGCGUCAUGGGUUAUCUCCAGAAAAAAGAAGAUGAAGGAUGUUUGGGCGAAUGCCCGAUUUGUCGCCAAGGUUCCUUUACCCAGGACAAUCUACUUGAAGUGGUCAAACGACGGUCAGAAGACGGAGUCAAUAACGGAGGCAACGCGGUAGAUAUUCGACGUGCGGUGGGUGGCUACCGAUCGUCGACCAAGAUCGAUGCCAUGUUGCGUCACUUGCGUGUAUAUCAGCGUGAAGGUCGAAAGACAGUGGUCUUUUCGCAGUUUACCAGCUUUUUGGAUCUUAUCCAGAUUGCUCUGCAACAAGAAAAUAUCCGAUUUAGUCGCCUGGACGGUAGCCAGUCGCAAAUGCAUCGCGAAAAAGUGCUUGCAAGUUUUUCAUCGGACGAUCCCAACAAUAUGUCGACGGUUCUUCUCAUCAGUUUACGCGCGGGUGGCGUCGGCCUCAAUUUGACGUGUGCUAGUCGAGUGCUCAUGAUGGAUCCGUGGUGGAAUUUCGCUGUGGAAGCCCAGGCCAUUGAUCGCGUGCAUCGAUUGGGACAGCAGAGUGAUGUGAUUGUUACUCGAUUUAUCAUGCGGGACACAGUGGAAGAAAGAAUUCUCGAAAUUCAGGAUAGAAAACAUGUACUCGUGAAUGAGCUCUACAUGUCCCAUAAUGAAGCGAAAACCCGACAAUUGCAAGAUCUUCAGAUAUUGUUUGGCAGUCGCCGACAUUCAUAAACAUUGUGCAUAAUUCCUUGUAUCUUCUUCAUUUAUUUCUUUCGUUAUUAGCAUUUCUGUAUUUAGUUUACUCUUCAUUUCCUGAUUUCUCUUUUAAUGUGCGCUCUUGUACAGUCCCCCUUGAAAAAUUAUGGAUAGAAUUCCCAAAAAGGCGCGUACCCCUAAACCAUGACCAAAUUCCUACCUAAACUUUUUGGAAAGCAGUCUACGUGCGUACAAAUAAUGCAC